AUGCCUGAUGGCAGCAUGGCAAUCUGUGACCUGCGCUCCCCAGCGCAAACCCCUCCCAUCCACCUCACCUGCUUCGGCGGAGCCUCGGUGCCGAGCCUGCUCUUCCUCCCAGGUCAAGAGCAUGUGCUGGCAGCUGCUGCUGGGAGCUCUGUUUUCCUUGUAGACAGGCGAAAGGCAGCAGGAGGAUCGUCAGAUGGAUCAGAGGCCAUAAUCAGACGGCUGUCAUUCAAUGCUGAUGAAAUUAAUGCUCUGGCAGUGGACCGUAAGGGCGACUUCCUGGCAGCUGCAGAUGAUUCAGGGCAAGUCAAGGUCAUCAACCUCAUCAACCACUCAUUGCACCGAACCCUCCGGGGCGUUCACAGCUCGAUCUGCAGCUCUGUUCUGUUCCACCCCAAGCAACCAUGGCAACUGUUCUCAGCUGCUCUCGACUGUACCUGGGCCCAAUGGGACUUCGCAACAGGUCGACCCCUCCGCGCAGUCAACCUGUCGGCAGAUACCACCUCCCCCGAUUCACCCUCCCCCAGUGCACCCUCCUCUUCCACCGCCUCCUCUUUUUCCUCUCGCAUGUGCAAUCCUCCCUUCAUCCACUCUCUAGCUACGUUCCGCAUUCCUCCUGUCAAGGCUUCUCCUAGUGCUACCGGUGCUGGUAGUAACAUUGCUGUCGCUGCUGCAAGCAAUACUUCUGAUGGUGAUUCUUGGAGGACAUGUGGCGUGACGCUAUUGGCCGUGGCACAGGGCGAUGGCACUGUAUCAGUGUGGGAUGCUGAUGCUGACGUGGAUGGGGAGGGGGAGAGGAGGGCAGGAGGAGGAAGAGCAACAGCAGCAGGUGGUGCUACAGCAGCUGCUACAGCCAGUGAUGGUGGGGAGAGUGUGGAAGGUGUGGCAGGUGGGGGAAGUGGGGGAGGAAGUGGGGGAGGAAGUGGGGGAGGAAGUGGGGGAAAUGGUGAGAGAGGGGCAGGAGCAAGAGGGGAAGGAGCAAGAGGAGGAGGGAUGAGCGGCCAUUGCGCAUCCGUCUCUGCUGUCACCUUCUGUCGCUUUGCUCCCCCCACUACACCUCUCCUCGCCUCUGGGGGCAAUGACCGACUCGUUCUUCUCUGGGAUGUGGCACACGCACUCUCUCCCUCCUCCUCUGCCUGCUCGUCCCAAGAUAGAGAGGGCAGCAGGGCGGAAAGUGGUGAUAGUGAGUCUGACACCAGCGAGGAUGAAGGGAGGAGAGCGGCAGGUGGGAGGAAACCGUUGGCGCCGGCCAUUCGCAUACAGCACGGGCGCAAGGUGAAUUUUCUUUCUACAUCAUUUGGGACCCCCGUCGCAGCGCAGACGGCGACGCUGAAGUCGUCGUUCCUGGGCUCCAAGCCACAGGCGAAGGCCGCGAACGCUGCGCUGCCGGUGAAGAAGUCCGACGCGCGCGUGGUGUGCAUGGCUGGAGACCGUUGGGGUGCGCUGGGCCGCGAUACCUCCGACGACCAGCAGGAUAUCACCCGCGGCUAUGGCCUGGUCGACUCCGCCUUCCAGGGUGCUCAAGGCAUUGGGACGCACAAGGCUGUCCUGUCGUCGUACGACUACGUCAGCCAAGGCCAAAGGAGCCUGCAGUGGGACAACACCAAGGAUGGCUACUACAUCGCUCCCGCCUUCAUGGACAAGGUCGUCGUGCAUCUCGCCAAGAACUUCAUGAAGCUGCCCAACAUCAAGGUGCCGCUCAUUCUGGGAGUGUGGGGAGGCAAGGGGCAGGGCAAGACGUUCCAAAUGGAGCUCAUCUUCGCCAAGCUCGGCAUCAACCCGAUUAUGAUGUCCGCGGGAGAACUUGAGUCCGGAAACGCUGGAGAGCCCGCCGCGCUGAUUCGGCAGCGGUACCGCGAGGCGUCGGACGUGAUCAAGAAGGGCAAGAUGUGCUGUCUCUUCAUCAACGACCUCGACGCGGGCGCGGGGCGCAUGGGCGGCACGACGCAGUACACCGUCAACAACCAGAUGGUCAACGCCACGCUCAUGAACAUCGCCGAUAACCCCACCAACGUGCAGCUCCCCGGCAUGUACAACAAGGACGAGAUCCCGCGCGUGCCCAUCAUUGUGACGGGCAACGACUUCUCCACGCUGUACGCGCCGCUCAUCCGCGACGGGCGCAUGGAGAAGUUCUACUGGGCGCCCACGCGCGAGGACCGCAUUGGCGUCGCGCAGGGCAUCUUCCGUCUCGAUGGCGUCCCUGAGCAGGACGUUGUCACGCUCGUUGACACCUUCCCUGGCCAGUCCAUUGAUUUCUUCGGUGCUCUCCGCGCGCGUGUGUACGACGACGAGGUCCGCAAGUGGGUGGGCAAGAUCGGUGUGGAGCAGGUGUCAAAGCACCUGGUGAACUCGCGGACGGGCCCGCCCAAGUUUGACCAGCCGAACAUGAAUCUGGAGACGCUGCUGGCGUACGGCAACAUGCUGGUGAAGGAGCAGGAGAACGUCAAGCGCGUGCAGCUCGCCGACACCUACCUUGCGUCCGCUGCCCUUGGCGACGCCAACCGUGACCAGCUGGAGCAGGGAACCUUCUUCGAAGGUGGCUAUGCCCAACAAGUGGGAGUGCCGGUGCCCUCGGGCUGCUCUGAUCCCAAUGCUGUCAACUACGACCCCACCGCCCGCAGCGACGACGGCAGCUGUGUCUACGACUUUGCCCAAUAA